AUGGACGGGAUUCGGCACCGGAAUCUGACCCUCAACGGGAUAAACGUCCACGUGGCGGAGUCGGGCCCGGCCGACGGCCCCGUGGUCCUCUUCGUCCACGGAUUCCCGGAGCUCUGGUACUGCUGGCGCCACCAGAUGGCCGCCGUGGCCUCCCACGGCUACCGCGCGGUGGCGCCGGAUCUUCGAGGGUUCGGCGACACCGACGCGCCGGCCGAUCCGGCGAGCUACACGGCGCUCCACGUCGUCGGCGACCUAGUGGCGCUGAUCGACGCGGUGGCGCCGGAGGGGCAGAAGGUUUUCGUCGUCGCCCACGAUUGGGGGGCUUACAUGGCUUGGUAUCUGUGCCUUUUCAGGCCCGAUAAGGUCAAAGCGCUGGUCAACAUGAGCGUUCUGUUCAAUCCCCGGAGCCCUAAUCGGAAGCCUCUUCCGACCUUGAAGGCUUUCUUGGGCGAUGAUUACUACGUUUGCAGGUUUCAGGAGCCGGGAGUGAUAGAAGCAGAAUUUGCAGAGCUAGGUACAGAGAGGGUUCUGAAGGAGUUCUUUGCUUACCACACCCCAGCUCCUCUCUACAUGCCUAAGAGCAAGCCAUUCGGCCACUCGCCGGACGCGCAAAUCGCACUGCCGCCUUGGCUGUCGGAGGAAGAUCUCAAGUACUACACCGAGCAGUUCGAGAAGACGGGCUUCACCGGAGGAUUGAACUAUUACCGGAACAUCGACCGGAACUGGGAACUGACCGCAGCAUGGCAAGGGGACCAAGUGAAAGUCCCGGUGAAGUUCAUCGUCGGAGAUCAGGACCUUACCUAUAACACUGGGAAUGCCAGAGAUUACAUUGGCAAAGGGGGGUUCAAGAGGGAUGUUCCAUUUCUGCAGGAAGUGGUCGUGAUGCCUGGCGUCGGCCAUUUUCUCAACGAAGAGAGGGUCGGCGAGAUCAACAGCCACAUCGUCGAAUUCAUUCGCAAGUUCUGA